CCUCAAGAAGAUCUUCCGUCUGGAACCUCGCAGUCGUAUUUCCUUGGCUGAUCUUCAACGUGAAAUUGCCGAACUCGAGACAUUCUUCGCCGAUGAACCUCCUUCCGAUCGCUCGAUCUCAUCGCUAGGCUCCAUCCUGCCGAGCGAGAUUGGUGCAAUGCGUAUCGAUGACACUGAUGUUCUUCUAGUCGCCCGCAGUACAAUAGAAGCAGGUGUCACGGGUGACGACUCUCUUGCGCUCGAUCUUCGGGCAAUCCAUCUUGUCGGUGUCGACAGGCGUCUCAGCGCUCCAGCCGUCAUGAACUCUCAAUUCGUAGGCGAUGACAGUGGCAUAAUGUCCGUACUGCCAUCAUUGCAAGCUAUCCAUUCCGUGAUGUUUUCCAGAUCGAUUGCUUCGUCGGUGGACAGUGAUGGACCUAUAGCACCAGAGACUCACCCAGUUCAUGUCGAUGUCAGUGAGGUGCCGCACAUGGAGGAAGGCGAAGGUAUUGGCGAAGUGGACAUAGCAUUGGUGGUCAAGGAUGACGAGAAUGAUAUUCAACCGACUGAUUUCGCUGACGGCGCUGGUUCGCAGAACAAACGGGGGUUCUUCCGGCGGUUUGUUCAGAAAUUGGUUGCGUCUUGGGAUACGUUGUCGAGGAUUUUUGCUUUGGUUUGAGUUAUAUGCAGCGUCCUAUGCCGUGCAAUCGUACAGAAUCUCCUUAAUACGAAGGAGAUGACACUGACAGACGAAACACUUGGU